AUGUCGAUGAAUUGGUUCACGUGUCUCACGUGUCGCGUCAAUUUGGCCACAAGUGAUGAUCAGCGCCUGCACUACAAGAGUGAAUGGCAUUCAUAUAAUCUGAAGCGACGAUUGGCUGCGAUUCCGGUGGUCACUCACCAGCAGUUCUCUCUCAUCGAAGAAGUGCAUCGAAACCAAAGCACACACCAGAAGACCGAUGACCACAACAAGACUUCGCACUAUUGCAAGACUUGUCGAAAACAAUUCAAUAACGAGAAGGCGUUCGCACAACACGUCCGAAGCAAAAGACACUUGAGUUCAGUCCAAAGCAAACCAUUGGAUGAGAAUGUCGUCCAUUCAGACACUGCUUUAGAGAAGGCGACAGAAGUGAAGUCCGAUGCAGUGGUCGUCGAAAAUAUCACUGACGACAAUGUCAUUGAGACCAUCGAUGAGGACGACGACUCCGAUUGGGAGAGUGUUGGCAGCGAUGCAGAGGUGACAGACGAAGAGCCCAUCCUUCCGACUGAGUGUCUGUUUUGCGAGCACUCGAGUGACACAAUUGAAGACAAUGUCUGCCAUAUGUCACAAAAUCACUCGUUUUUCAUACCAGACGUGGAAUACGUGAAAGAUUUGCCACAAUUUAUAGGAUAUUUGGGCGAAAAAGUAGGUUUCGGUCACUUCUGCCUUUGGUGUUGCGAUUCCGGCAAACGGUUCCGUUCGCGAAGAGCAGCCCAACAGCACAUGAGAGACAGAGGACACACCAAACUCAACCAUUCGGACCAAUAUUUGCCCGAAUAUUCACAGUUCUAUGACUACACCACCAGUUAUCCCGACUUCGCCGCCAAUGAGUCCAAUGAUGACGAAGAGAUAUCGAUCCCAUAUCUCGAUGACGACGACUGGCAGUUGACUUUGCCUUCCGGUGCUGUCAUCGGCCACCGCUCGCUAUUCCGUUAUUAUAAGCAAAAUCUGAAGCCAUUGACCGACAAUUCAGGCAAACCUUAUCCAAAAUCUUCAGCUAUUUUGGAUAAAGUGAUGUCAAAAUACAGAGCUCUCGGAUGGACUGGUAUUACAGGAGUGGCUGCUCUUCGUCGGGCAAAAGACAUCCAAUUUAUACAACGAGUUCAGAGAAGACAUGAUUUAAAAUUGGGUCAAAACCACAAUAAAGUUCUUCAAAAACACUUCAGAAGUCAAAUAGGAUUCUGA